AUUGCUAGCUCUUAAAAUUUAUGUUUCAGAAUUUCCAGAUGAAGUGGACACUCCUUUAGACGUUCCUGCUAGAAAGCGCUUUGCCAAUUGUAGGGGCCUCAAAUCAUUCAGAACUUCCUCAUGGGACCCCAAGGAAUCUCUACCUCCAGAAUAUGCCCGAAUUUUUGCUUUUGAUAACUUCUCAAGAACACAAAAGUAUGUGAUUGCAAAUGCCUUAGAAAUGGAGGAAGGAGAUAACUGUGCACCUCCUGGUUCAUAUUAAGGAAGUGCCUAUUUCUGUUGCUUCCAAGCUUUGUCUGCUUGCUAGGACAAUACCCAUUGUGUCAUGUGGCCUUUUGCAACAUGAAUCAAAGAUGGCUGUCCUUCAUUUCAGUAUAAAGAAGCAUGAUAGUUAUGAUGGCCCUAUCAAGAGUAAAGAAGAACUGAUAUUUCAUGUUGGCUUCCGCCAGUUUCUUUCUAGGCCAGUAUUUUCUACUGACAACUUUAAUUUAGACAAACACAAGAUGGAAAGAUUUCUUCAUACAGGUCGUUUUUCCAUGGCUUCAAUAUAUGCUCCUAUUUCUUUUCCAUCUCUUCCUUUGAUAGCCCUGAAGGCUUCUGGAGAAGCCAGCGUACCUGUAGUGGCAGCAGUUGGAUCCUUGAAAAAUAUUGACCCGGAUAGAAUAAUUCUAAAGAAGAUUAUCUUAACUGGUUAUCCUCAACAAGUGUCAAAAUUAAAAGCCUCUGUAAGGUAUAUGUUCCAUAACCCAGAGGAUGUAAGAUGGUUCAAGCCUGUUGAAGUUUGGACAAAAUGUGGCCGCUGUGGUCGAAUCAAGGAACCUAUUGGUACUCAUGGUAUGUGAUUUUAGUUUGAAUGCCUACUUCACUUGAAAAAAGUAAUAGAGCUGCAUCUCAAUUUGCUACGAUUGGAAUUCCAGGUCAUAAGAAUAAGAAGCCUUCUGUUUGAUCCUAAAGAUUAUAGGGACUGGCAAAGAAAUGGACAAGAAAUAAAUAGGGGAAACUUAAAAUUCUAGCUUUUAUUGUGGCCCUUAAUGAUCUAUGUUGCAAUCACGGUUUUCUAGCACUUAUUUUAGACCCCCUUUUUUUUUUUUUUUUGAUAAGAGCAAAUACCGCAAAUAUAUCUAAUCCAAAAAGAACAUAUUCGGACUUGGUUAUCUCUUUGGACUUCUUUCCCAAUGUGUUAAGGACUGACUUUUUGGUUUUCCUCGGGGAUAAUGAAAUGUGUAUUCGAUGGGGUCCUUUAGCAGCAUGACACCAUAUGCUUGAGGCUAUACAAGCGUGCAUAUCCCAAGUGGCCAGAACGUCAGUUCCCGCUUAAGAUAUUAAAAUCCAAACCAAACCAUACCGAGAACACCCAUAGCCUAUACAAGCGUGCUUAUCCCUAGUGGCCAGAACAUCGGUUCCCACUUGAUGCUUGAUCAGGCAGAGCCUGGUCCUCAUCGAGACAGAAGACAUGCUUGUUCAUGGUGGGAAUGAAGCACUGGUUCAGAUUUGUCUAUUCAACUUCCAUUGGUUGUUGUUGUUGUUGUUGAUGGAUUACAUGCAAUUUGCGUUCCAUUACCUUUACUUUCUUUUUUAUGGAGGACAUAUAUGGAUGAGGAAUAUGCAGCAAUGCAGCGCUCCUUUCGUUGAAGAAUCUAGUGGGAAGAAACGGAAAAAGAAAAGCCUGAUUUUUGUAUUUUGAUAGUCAGUUUUUCUUCUUCUAGUGCCAAUACAAAGAAAAAGCAGGAAAUGUCCCUACUUUUUCUUUGAUGUUUUUUUUUUUCAGAUAAGAUAUUUACAUAAAUUUUCUUAUAUGUA